AUGCUGCUGCUGCUGCUGCUGCUGCUGCUGCAGGUUGCUGAGGCGAUUGACCUCACGGGGUCGAAGCGCAUAAACUACUUGGAGUUCCUGCAGGCAUUCCACGUGGUGGACAGCAGCUCAAACAACAAUCUUGCUGAAGAGCUGUGGGGCCAGAUCUGCACGACUCUGUUCCAGCACUCGAACAGCAUUCGGCGCGCGCUGCACCAGUUCGACCCGGACUUGACCGGCAAAGUCGACUCCGAGGACUUCCGUGCUGCGCUCGUCACUCUCAACACUGUCCUCGCGAGAACAGAGGCUCCGCUGACGGAGGAGCAAAUAGACUUGUUGGUGAACUUCAUGGACUUGGACAGCGAAGGAAUGGUGGAAUAUGAAGAGUUUUUGGAUUCUUUUAUUCCAGUUGACAGCUACUGCACCGGCCCCAGCGGCUUGCCGGUGCUGCCGGACUCGGGGGGCGAGGAGGGCGCAGCAGCAGCAACAGCAGCAGCAGCAGCGGCGCCGCUGCCCAACGGCUGCAGCAGCAGCAGCAGCGGCGCCGGCAGCGGCAGCGCUGCAGCGACACAGCCAGCCCCGACCAGUAAGAACCUGCCCGCGGGGGCCCCCGAGAAGCCUGCUGCUGCUGCUGCUUCUGGUGCUGCUGCUGCUGCUGGCGCGGGAAAAAGCAGCAAACAAUCCAUGGAAGUGGAUGACGGGGCCCGGCGGUUUGACUUCACCAGCCAAGUGGGCAGGUAG